AUGCCUCAUAUUCCCAACACCCCUGAAUCAUUACUUCAGCGUGCUGAUUCCAAGAAUCCCGUAACGACGUGUAGUGGCAUUACUAAUGAUGGAAAAGCUUGCAGAAGACCCAUACCAAAGACGCAGAAAUCUUCUCUGAAAAUGACGGCUACCUCAGUAACCGCUGUAAAGAGGUAUUGCUGGCAACAUAAAGAUCAGAUGCCGUCCCAGCACGGGGCUGUGGACACGGGAAACGCUACCUUCUCCACGAUUCAAGAGCGCACAAGCGUCGAUACGAUUGUGGAUCGAUUGGGCUUACUAGAUCUCAAUGCUGGGGGGCCAGCGCGAAAGCCGGAGAAAAUCUCGGCUGCUAGAAUAUCCCCUACCCAGACUAACUAUGCUGCUCAAAGUUCACCCCGUCCUCCCGCUGCAUCCAAGUCGAGCUCACUCUCAUGGCUCUGCUGCAUAGUCGCGGCUGAAGAUUCUCCGCGACCUAGACCCGUCCAGAAUAAGGUGAGACCAUCGCUUGCCGUAGACCCUCGCUCAAAAAUACCCGAGAAGGCUCACCGCAACCACGCGACCCAACCAUUACAGCCACCGCAUAAUCCCACCCGCCAAUCACAGACGGGGGAGCUUCUAUCUCUUAUACCCACGUCGACUUCACCUACCAUAGCAUCGUUGCUGCUGGCAGAGCUGGCCAAGCCGGUUUCCGAAAGAGACGACCAAGGCUUUAUUUACAUGUUUUGGCUCGUGCCCGAAUCACAUCACUCGCUAUCAAAUCCAACAGUUGCAUCUCCAUCAUCAUCCUCAAAUACUAGCGCCCAUAAGCCUCUUGAUGUCUUGAAAGACUUUGCUGAGCACACCGUCGAUAAAAAGAUUUUACUAAAAAUUGGACGCGCGCAGAAUGUCUAUCGAAGGCUAAAUCAAUGGAAAAAACAGUGUGGCUAUAAUCUUUCUCUAAUUCGAUAUUAUCCCUAUCAGCCCACUGCUUCUCAAACUCCACAGUAUCAAGUCACCCAAGUUCCCCACGCACACAAGGUCGAGAGAUUAAUCCACAUUGAGCUAUCUCCACAGAAAGCCCUUUAUGAUAAGUGUAGUACAUGUGGAAAGGAGCACAGAGAGUGGUUUGAAGUGGAAGCCAGCCGGAUGGGAGUCAAGGCUGUAGAUGGAGUUAUUCGGCGCUGGGUUGAUUGGAACGUUCGCAACAGUACAUAA